AUGUGCAGACCGCGAGCCCAGGCGGUGCCGGAGGGCAGAGCUCGGAGCUGCGCGGUGCCGGGCACCGUGCUACUGCUACUCGCCUACUUGGCUUACCUGGCUCUGGGCACCGGCGUGUUCUGCGUAUUGGAGGGCCCCGCGGCACAGGAUUCCAGCGAGAGAUUCCAGCGCGAAAAGUGGGCGCUGCUGAGAAACUUCACGUGUCUGGACGGCCCGGCGCUGGACUCGCUGAUCCGGGGCAUCAUCCAAGCAUACCAAAGUGGGACCAUCGUCCUCAACAACAUCACCAGCAUGGAGCGCUGGGAACUCAUGGGUUCCUUCUUCUUUUCUGUGUCCACCAUCACCACCAUUGGCUAUGGCAACCUGAGCCCCCGCACGAUAGCUGCCCGCCUCUUCUGCAUCUUCUUUGCUCUGGUGGGGAUCCCGCUCAACCUCUUCGUGCUCAACCACCUGGGGCACCUCAUGGAGCAGGGUGUGCACAGCUGCACCCGCAGGCUGGGGGGUGCCUGGCAGGACCCAGUCAAAGCUCGCUGGCUGGCAAGCUCCAGCGCCCUCCUCUCGGGCCUCCUGCUCUUCCUGCUGCUGCCCCCACUGCUCUUCUCCCACAUGGAGGGCUGGAACUACACGGAGGGCUUCUACUUUGCCUUCGUCACCCUCAGCACCGUAGGCUUCGGCGACUAUGUGAUUGGAAUGGAUCCCUCCCGGAGGUACCCACUGUGGUACAAGAACACAGUGUCCCUGUGGAUUCUCUUUGGGAUGGCGUGGCUGGCCUUGAUCAUCAAACUGAUCCUCUCCUUGAUGGAGACCCCAGGGAGAUCAUAUUUCUGCUACCAUCACAGCUCCAAGAGGGACCUCAAGCUUCGAAGCUGCAGGCAAGGCCGAAAUGAAGAGGCAGAGCCCCACUCCCCACAGCCAGGCUGCUGUCCGGAGGGGUGUAUGGGAAUCAUGCAGCAUCUGGUACCCGCUACUCAGGUCUCAUGCUGUGGAAAGGACAGCUAG